AUGUCUCAGUCUGAUGCGCCACGAACGAUUGAGCUGAAAACGGUGGCGGGUAGAAAGUGCUCUGUUGACCCCCCGUUCACCGUGCAGCACCUGGUGGAUGUUGCUGUUGAGCAGCUGCACUUCGAGCGUGAGAGCGUCAGGCUGUUUGUGGGCAGCCGGCCCAUCUACGCCAGGCGGCGGGGGGUCCCGGAGCCCGACCAGCGCCUGUUGGAACAAGUCACCCCCCCGCAGGGUGAGUGCGUUUUGGUAAUGGGAAGGCCCGCGCUGAGGAAAACGGCGCAUGCCGCAAGGGCGAAGUUUGUGGACGCUGCGAAGGAGACCCACGCCGCGCAGCAGGCUGUCGGCGACAAAAAGCCUCUUUUUGUUCCCGUGGUCUCGGCUGUGGAUGACGGCAUGAGCAUCCGAGUUGGCCCAAACGACAAGGGGUUGUACCGGUUCCUUAAGCCACUGGUGUUCAUGCUCGGUCGACGUGGCCUGCGUCACCUUUUCCUGCUUGUAAAGGGCCAACGCGGCCACUUUCCUGAGUCCUUCCAGGACCACCCCGUUAUGGUGUGCAUUGUGGAAUACGUUGAUCGUGACCCCGGUCGAUUAAAAGAUGUGCUCACUACAAUACAGGAGGAGGAGCCAGGCCUGCUGCGGUGGAUCGAGACACACGACGAGUUUUUCCUCAGUGUUAUCAAUUCUCCUCCACAGUGGCGGGACGAGACAUCCCCCAUGUGGUUGAUACGCCACGCGAAGAAGGUGUACAGUAUGGAGGCUACAAAAACUCUAGGUAAGGGCAACUUUGCCCGUACGCUGACAACAGGUCACCUCCAAACGGAAUCCUUUUCAGAGGACUUCACAGGCGCUGGAGCAUCUCCGAUGGAGGAAGGCUUGCUGCUGGACAUGGAUGUAAGCGAGACUAGCAGCAAUCUUGAGUCAUCAUGGACCGCGUCACUGGAAGGCACCUCGAGCACCGCAGCGAUGGAGUCUACAAAUACGAAUACACGCCCAGAAGAAGAUCCUCUGAUUGAUCCAUUGGUUCAAGAAUUACAACUGGUGUAUCGUGCAUGGGAAAUUGCAAAGGAGCGGCGUAGUUCGGCGGUUCGGAACUCAGCCGCUGUAGAAGGUUUGAAGAACGAACUGUCGUGUCGACUGCGUGAUGUCCACCACGCCCUUCUGCGCACCAUGGAGAGCUACCUUAUGACCCCCGACUAA